UUCCUGCUAUCGGAGGACUUGCUGUAUCAUGUCGGACACAGAGCUCUAAACACUGGUAGAAAAAUAUGGGUUCACCGUGCAAGUGCAUCCCAGUGCCUUGCCAAAUUGCCUUACUGGCUGGGAUUAUAACUAUACUUACAUUGAUGUCCAGUACAGCCGACGCCGAUGAUAGUCUUUGGUACCAAGAUCUGUGCAGCUACAAAUGGGAGGCCAGAGACGAUGACAACAAAGUGAACUACACUCUGAAGCUCUGCGACUCCUCGCCUAAAACAGCGUGUGGGUCAGGGAGUGCUGUCUGCGCCUAUGACCUCACAAGCAAGACGUCGCUUUCAGUGGGUGACCAGUCCCAGAGGAGUGUGUCCCCGAGUGUACUGGAUUUCAGUAGUUCUCAGAAAUGUCCUGAUAGCAGCACCGGCAGCAGUAAUGUGCAGAGCAGCAUCAGUUUCCAGUGUGGAAAGACCAUGGGGACUCCAGAGUUUGUGACGGUGUCUAAAUGUGUGCACUACUUUGAAUGGAGGACAUACGUGGCCUGCCGGAAGGACAAGUUCAAGCCUCACAAAGAGGUGCCCUGCUAUGUGUUCGACGAAGAUGGAAAAAAGCAUGACUUAAACCCACUGAUUAAGCUGACUGGAGGUUACCUGGUUGAUGACUCGAAGGAUGACAUAUCUCUGUACAUAAACGUGUGUCGAAGCAUCUCCUCAUUGGACCCGCCCUGUCCUGAGGGGUCAGCCGCCUGUCUGGUCACCAGCAAAGGCACCUUCGACGUGGGACGUCCCACGAAGGAGCUGCAGCCCUCGUCCGCUGACGGAUUGAUCCUGAGCUAUGAUGGAGACCCUGGACACAAGCCAGACUUCUGCGGAGAACACACCCCUGCAGUGAAGGCCAGCUUCAUCUGUCCGUCACAGCGGCAGCAGGGCAGCAACCCCAAGAUGAUUGCGGAUGAGAACUGCCGCUAUGAGAUCGAGUGGGUGACCGAGUACGCCUGCCACAGGGACUACCUGGAGAGCCACAACUGCACCCUGACGAGCGAGCAGCACGACAUCUCCAUCGACCUGAGGCACCUCACCCUGGGGAGUUCUGAGCAAUCGUACUAUGCGGUGGCUAAGGGCAGCGAUGGGAAGGACAGCUACGUGUAUUACAUGAACGUGUGCGGGGAGAUCUCGGUCAGCGGCUGUACAGACCGGGCAGGUCACGUCGCAGCCUGCCAGGCAAAGGAAACGGGGGACGUCUUCAAAAUCGCCGGCCGAUACACCAAUCAAACGCUGAGGUACUCUGACGGUGACCUUACUCUCAUCUACCCCGGGGGCAGUAUCUGCAGCUCAGGCUUCCAGCGUAUGACCAUCAUUAACUUUGAGUGCAACAAGACAGCCGGUAACGACGGGAAGGGGUCUCCAGUCUUCACGGGCGAGACCGACUGCACAUACUACUUUGACUGGCAAACGGCGUACGCCUGUGUCAAGGAGGAGGAGGAUCUUCUCUGCCGCGUCCAGUCUGGCAAGAAGCACUACGACCUUUCGCCCUUGACUCGAUACUCCACAAUGCCAGACCCGCUCCAGAACUGGGAAGCGGUGGACGGCAGUGCUCAAGACGGAAGGCGCGUUUACAUGAACGUCUGUCACAAAGUCCUCCGGCAGGGGCCGACAGCGGGUUGCCCAGAGGAGGCUGCUAUCUGUGCCGUGGAAAAAGAAAAGACCCUCAGCUUGGGGAAGUUCCUCUCUCCACCGAGGAUGGAUCAGAACAACAUCCGUCUGACGUACACGGAGGGGGACACGUGCCGGGGCAAGAACAGGAUCCAGACCAUCGUCACGCUGAUCUGCAGACCCGGGGACCUGGAGAGCGCUCCUGUGAUGAAGAGCGUCUCCAGCAACGGCUGCGUGUACGAGUUCGAGUGGCACACCGCGGCCGCCUGCGUCCUGUCCAAGACCGAGGGGGUCAACUGCACGGUGGAGGACCCCCUGGCAGAGUUCUCCUUUGACCUCUCCCCCCUGACCAAGCAGAAGGCCUCAUACAACGUGUCGAGCGGAGACUAUAACUACUUCCUCAAUGUCUGCGGUGCCGUAACCGCAGACAAGUGUCAGGAUAAGGCAGGAGCCUGUCAGGUGGACAGUAGCGGCAACGCCUGGAGUCUGGGGGAGUUCAACUCCAAGCUGUCCUACUACGACGGGAUGAUCCAGCUCUCCUACCAGAACGGGUCCAAGUACAACAACAAGCAGCAGACCCAGCGCUCCACACUCAUCUCCUUCCUGUGUGACCGCGAGGCCGGGGCCGGAAAACCCGAGUACCAGGUAGAAGACAUCUACACUUACAACUUCAAGUGGUACACGUCAUACGCCUGCCCAGAGCGGCCGCAGGAGUGUGUGGUGACUGACCCCAACUCCCUGCAGCAGUACGACUUAUCCAGCCUCACCCGGUCGGAGAGGAGCGGGGGUAAGAACUGGAUAGCCAUGGACGUGUCUGUCCCCAGCAACCUGAGGAAGUACUACAUCAACGUGUGCCGUCCCAUCAACCCCGUGACUGGCUGUGACAGACUCGCCUCUGUCUGUGAGAUGAAAUACGUGCCCCAGGAGGGCGGUGUGACGGAGGCGGUGUCGAUCAGCAACAUGGGCGUGGCCCAGAGAGGACCCGUCAUUGAGAGCGAGGGCCGACUCCUGCUGGAGUAUACGGGUGGCUCCACCUGCGUCUCGGACAGAGGGACCACCCCCUACACCACCCUCAUCCACCUGGUCUGCAGCAAGCAUGCCGUGUCCGGACCCCGUUACAUCAUGAGCCAGAACUGCACCUCCAUCUUCCUGUGGCACACAGAUGCAGCGUGUCCCAUCUCACGCACUGAAGAUGAUAAAAAUACCUGCUCUGUUAAGGACCCCAACACAGGAUUUGAGUAUAACCUGCUUCCCCUACGAAAUGCGAAUGGCUACACAGCGAAGGGAAAUGGGAAGACUUUCUUGUUGAAUAUCUGCGGCCCGGUAGCCCAGUGUGGUCCAGACCAGGCUGGAUGCGAGAUGGAGAAUGGGAAGCCUGUGGGCCCCGUGGGAGUGGAGAAGUCACUGCAGUUCUCCACGGACGGCGUGCUCACACUUACCUACAAAGGGGCCUUGGACACACCCACAGGCACCAGGAACACUUUCAUCAUCAGUCUGGUGUGCGAUCUGGACAACAGCAACAGCCUUCGGCUGCUCCCGGAAGGGAUUGCCAGCCAUGUCCCCCACGACGUCUUCUUCGAGUUCAAGACCGCCCUGGCUUGCCCAGUGGCCCCCGUCGACUGUCAGCUCACUGAUUCUCAGGGUAGGGAGUAUGACCUCAGUGACCUCACCAGAGACGAUCGCCCUUGGGAGGCCAUCGACACGUCGGCUCAGGCGAAGACCAGGAGUUUCUACAUAAACGUGUGCAAACCCCUGCCCCCGGUCCCGGGUUGCCCUGGGGGCGCUCUGGGCACCUGUGGCAUUAUCGACGGCAAGGGCGUGAACCUGGGCUACGUUCAGUCCAACCCCCAGGCUGCCGCGGACGGUUCCAUCAGCAUCGCCUACGGCAACGGGGACAAGUGCGGGGAGAGCCGCUACUCCACCCGAAUCAUCUUCCAGUGUGACGACAGCCCCGGCUCCCCGAUGUUCACUCAGCAGGAUGGCUGCGAGUACGUCUUCACCUGGAGGACCUCGGAAGCCUGCCCCGUCCACAGAGUCCAGGGUGACAACUGUGUAGUCCGAGACCCCCGAAGUGGCUACACGUUCGACCUGACGUCCCUCUCCGGGAAGGACUACAAGGUGAAGAGCCAGCAGUACGAGUACCAGUUCGCCGUCUGCGGCUCCCUCAAAGAGAAGAUAUGCACCCACAAGGACACAGGAAACGUGUCUUCCUGCCAGGUGGAAGGGAGCACUCACAGGAUAGCGGGUCUCGCCACACAGACUCUGACCUACAACGACGGGCUCAUAACGAUCAACUACACCCAUGGGGAGACCUGCCACAAGAUAUACGAGCGGUCCACUGCGAUUCUCUUCACCUGUGACCACAGCAAGGGCACGGGGGAGCCACAGUUCAUCAAGGAAACCACCGACUGCACCUACCUUUUUGAAUGGAACACCGCGCUGGCCUGUCUCCCCUUCAAAACAACCAGCUGUUCCUUCAAAGACGAUGAAGGCAACUCCUAUGACCUCUCGCCUCUGUCCAUGCCCCGUAGUAACUGGGCAGUCGAUUCGCAGAUGGGGAACAAGGAGCAGCGAUAUUACAUCAACGUAUGCAAGUCUUUGGUGCCACAAGCUGGAUCCUGGAACUGCCCAUCCAGCUCUGCUUCGUGUCUGAAGAGCGGAGACCAGUACGUGAGUCUGGGGGAGGCAGAGUCCGCGCCCCACCUGGAGAGGGACGUCCUGGUUCUGAAGUACACCGACGGAGACAAGUGUCCCAACGGGCAGAGGAACCGGACCACCAUCUUACGCUUCAAGUGUGACAAGGACAAAGUGGACUCCAGUCCCACCCUGAUCACAGCGCUGGAGGACUGCGUCUACACCUUCAUGUGGUUCACCGCCGCCGCCUGCCCGCUCAAGAGCAGCGAGCACGGGGACUGUCGGGUCAGCAACCCGGUAACGGGGCACCUCUUUGACCUGAGCAGCCUGAGGAAAGAGGGAGGCUACACGGUCCACGACCUCGUCGACCGGCAGAAGAUGUAUCGGUUGAACAUAUGUGGCGAAGCGACAAACCUCGGAUGUGAAAAGGGGACAGGCGUCUGCAUCAAAGACCGGCAGUCCGCCAUAAACGGCGGGAGGUUCUCGCAGACGCUCACCUACCGGGACCAGGUGGUGCAGCUCACUUAUGAGGGCGGAAACGUAUGCCCGGCCAACGGCACCCUGCGGCACAAGAGCGUCUUCAGCUUCGUCUGCAGGUCUGAAGGUUCGGCCGGGGAAGGCCCGGUCCUGGUGGACACAGACGAGGACAAUUGCAUCCACUUCUUCUCCUGGCACACCCCGCUCGUCUGCGAGCAGCAGGUCAACUGCUCAGUCUCCAACGGGACCUCCCUCAUUGACCUCACCCCUCUCAUUCACAAAACGGGCUACUACACUGCCACGGAUGAGGACCUGUCUGAGGACCUGUCCAAAGACCCCUCCCCUGACUUCUACAUCAACAUUUGCCAGCCGCUGAACCCCAUCCCAGGGGUAACGUGUCCCCCAGGGUCAGCCGUGUGCAUGGACCCCGACAAGGGGCCCCCCAUCGAUAUUGGCCGAAUCACGUCCCCUCCGCAGAUCAACGAAGCCAUCAACGAGGUGUACAUAUCGUUCAGCAGCACCACCCCCUGCCCCACGAACUCCUCCAUGAAUUACAGCUCUCUGAUCGUUUUCAGCUGCAAGAGAGGCACAGAGCUGGGCUCGCCAUGGAUGAUCAGGAAGUCAAACUGCCUCUACGUGUUUGAGUGGGCCACCCCACUGGUGUGUCCAGACUCCGUCACCACCAAGGACUGCACCCUGACCGAUGCUCGGCUGCAGUACACCUUCAGCCUGUCCCCUCUGUCUGGGGUCAUCCAACAGGUGACCUCCGACUCCGGCCACUACAGUAUCAACGUGUGCGGGGAGGUGACGGACCCCGGCUGCCAGGGCAGUGCUGUGUGCCUGGUGACGGCCACCUCCAGCACGUCGUUCGGGAACAGCAAGGCCAUGACCAUGAACUACCGGCACGAGGACGAAGCCGUGAUUAUGCGCUAUGGCAGCGGAGACCCCUGCCUUCCAGUGACGGCAGAUGGGGAUGUCUGCUUCUUCCCAUUCAAAUAUAUGGGGACUUCGUACUCGGAGUGCACCAAGGUGGGCAGGACAGACGGGAAGCUCUGGUGCUCCACCACCAGUGACUACGACAAGGACGUGAAGUGGGGGUUUUGUCAGGAAGUCAAAGUGAAGAGGCAGUCCUCCAUCCUGUUCACCUGCGACCACCAGGCAGGCCGGGGGGUCCCCAAGCUGCUGAGCGAGACCCAGGGCUGUGCCUCCUCCUUCCAGUGGCCCACCAACGCCGUGUGUCCGCCCAGGAAGAUGGAGUGCCGGCUGGUGCACCAGCACCAGACCUACAACCUGCGGACCCUCUCCUCACUCACCUCCCCCUGGAAGUUCAGCCACGGCGGAGUCAAUUACUUCAUGAAUCUGUGCCAGGGAAUCCAAGGGGGCCCGAGGAACUGUCCCGAGGAUGCCAGCGUGUGCCGCCAGAAGCAGGGCGGGCCCACGCAGACCCUGGGUCGUGUUCACACCCAGACCAUGGGCUUCACAGACGGGAAGAUCAUGGUGAACUACACCAAGGGGGACGCAGCCUGUGGGAACAGCAUCUUGGCCAAAACGGUCAUUCAGCUGACCUGCGGGACCACGGUGGGAAGCCCCAAACUUGUACGGGUGGAUGAGGCAGCAUGUGAGUUCUGGCUGGAGUGGGAGACGCGUGCAGCAUGUGCCGUAAUGCAGCAGGAAGUGGUGAUGGUGAACGGCACGUUCCGAGUGCCCGAUACUGGAGUGAACUUCAGCCUGGGGGCCCUCUACUCCAGGUUCCACCAGGCUUCUGGGGACAUCCGGUCUAAUGGGGACCAGUACAUUUACGACAUCCAGCUCUCCGGCAUCACCAACAGUACCUCCUCCUCUUGCCUGGGGGCCAACAUCUGUCAGGUGAAGACUAACGGAAACUACCAGAGAAAGAUCGGCAUGUCACGCAAAGCAAAGUACUACAUCAAAGACGGCAAUUUGGAUGUCCUCAUCCCAUCCGAGUCAAAGUGUGGCCGGGACCAGGCGAACGGGACGGUCUCCUCCAUCAUCCUGUUCCACUGCAGCCCGUUGGCAGGGGAGGGUAUCCCAGAAUUCCUCCUGGAAUCGGACGGCUGCCAGUACAUCUUUGUCUGGCACACCUCCUCCGUGUGUGGGCUCUCGGGUGAAAUCGAUAACAGGCAUCAGACUGACGAUGGAGGGGAGGAGCAAGGCGGUUUGUCAGGACGCAGUCGGGCUGUGGGGGCGGUCCUGAGUGUGCUUUUGGUGGUCCUGACCGCCUGCCUGGUCAUUCUGCUCCUGCACAAGCGUGAGAGAAGGGAGCUGGUGAUUCAGAAAGUCACUGGAUGCUGCAGAAGAGGAAACAAUGUCUCGUAUAAGUACUCCAAGGUGAACAUGGAGGAGGAGGGCGGCAAGGAGGAGAUGGAGUGGCUGAUGGAGGAGAUGGAGCCGCCCGACUCCGCGUCCUCCUCGCGCUUCAGGAGGAAGGAGGCGCAGGAGAACGGACACAUAACCACCAAGCCCGUGAGCGCGGCGGUCCUGAGCUCCUUCCCGCUGGACGAGCAGGACAGCGAGGACGAGGUGCUGUCCGUGCCCGGCGUGCGCGUUCAGACCGCCCGGCCCGGCCCUCAACGCCCCCGCGGGGCCCUGCUGGAAGAGGAGAGCGACGAGGACCUGGUGGGGCUCCUGGAGGAGGGAGCCAGGCGGGGCCGGCCCAAGGGCAAGGCCCGGGCCCACAGGAAACGGCCUGAGCCCUCCAACAGGGCCUUCCACGACGACAGCGACGAGGACCUACUGAGGGUGUGAGGGCUCCUGGGGGCCCGCCCCAAAUACCCCCCCCCCCCCGUGACUGAAUGCCUCCCCAGUGAUGCGCAACCGCUUCAAUUCUUUAAAAAGGGAAAUAAAACUGUCUAUUUGUUGUUUACAGUUUUAAAGAACGGAUUUGUUUUUGUCGCCCAAAAAGAUCUUCUUUUUUUUUUUUAUAUUCACUCCAUUUAUGUGUCAAAAAAUAUUUAUGCAUAUUGAUUUUUUUCUUUUUUUUUAUUCCCUUCCCCUUCAAAAACAAAAGGAAAUCUUAAUCUAUUUUGAGGGGUUUUUCCACCAAGGUACUUUCCCAGGAUGCUUCUCUUUUGGUUCAAGGGCCCUUAAUCUGCACUUUUGUUACAAAUAACACCAUAAAGGGCCUCUAGGUUGAAGAAAAUAAACAUUUCUAGGGCUGAUGGGCUGAAAAGCAUGAUAUAUACAGCAUGAGUCCCUUGAGAUAGUCACAGUAUCCCAAGAGUUGUUUUGGGUCCCUGAAUCAACUUCAUUAUACCACAAAGUAUACAUUAUAUAUAUUAUAUAUAUAUAUAUAUAUAUAUAUAUAUAAAAUGACGUGUAUAUAUAUUGUUAUUUGGACCAUGUGUUUUCAGCGACUGAGUUUCAGAGCCUGUGAGUAAGGCUUUCAGCAUUAGGGUGGGGAUACUUCCUCAUGAAAUAGUCUGCAAGUGUGACUGUAAACAUCUUUUUGCGGCAAAUGAAUAAUCUCAAUUUGAAAUCAUUUGAUUACUAGGCAUCUUAACUGCACACUGGCGUGUGCUUGUGGCUAUUAAUGCGUGCUCAGUUUUAUUCAGAAGUAUUCAUAAUAAUCUCGAUAAAACCGCGUUCACCAGUGGCAGAAGAUAAGGUAAAAGGAGCAAUGAAUUGGGAAAUACAGUGCUUGCUGAAGUAUUCAAAACCAAGCAGAGGAAUGUUUAGAAUUGGUAGAAAAGUUAGUUUGUUCCCGCCUUUAGAAGUCGGUCCUCUCUCAUUGGUCACCUGUUUUUGGACAUCCUCAAAAUGUAGGCACUUGAUGAUUAUACAGGGUAAAAAUAUUAAUCAAAAGUGUUUUCACAAAGAGCUGUGUUGCUUAUUGCAAAAGGUAAAAAAUAACAGUGCACUGUUCACAUUAGGUUUUCCGCUAUGGAUGUGAAAAUAUCAAGAUAAAUUACACCCACCCACUUUGUUCAAGAAAACACUUUUGGAUCACACGGAUUAUUCCAUUAUCAAUAUUUUCAGGUCGCUCAUUAUGAAAUUAAUGACUGCUUAAACGCAACAAGUUACCUUGUUGUGUGUUGAAAGUACAGUGUCCUGGAUUACAUAAAAUUAUACUUAAUUCCAGGCUACAAAACUUGGUUGGUAUUCUCUUUUAUUGCUUUAGCCUACCACAAACAGCUGGUGCAGUUGUUUGGUAUUCCACCGUAUGCUGCAAAUGCUUUCAGUGUUGCUGCUGUUGCCACAAAGACCAGCUCUAGUAUUCCUCAGAAGAGGGAAGGUUUUCUGUGGCGAUUAGAGCUCCCAAUUUUGCCAAAACAAGCCAGUGAAGUCCUUGGAAACGGACAGUUACCUGCGUAAAUGUUCUGUGCUCUUAAAGCUGGUCAAAGAGGUGUUUUUACACUUGAGUUCUACUCACUGGCAUUGCAGGUCUAUCCCGAGGCUUUAAGUGCUCAUAACAAUCGCUGUUUAAGGAUUUCCUGGCAAAUGUGUUUGUUUUUUAUGUUUGUAAUGUAAAUAAACAUGUUUGCACAAGUAAAAUAUAUUGGUGAGAGGCGGCACGUGAGGAUAGCCUAGUAUAGCGGUUUUGACACUGCACAUUACAUAACAGGAUAAUACACCUUGUUCCUUGCCCUACACAAAGUUGUACUGUGUGACCCCUGCAAGUGUCACGUUAUGGCCUUUUCCGGGAAAUGAUGCCUGCUGUUAAAAUGUGUCGAGAGGUUAUUUAUUCAUGUCACCUUGUCACAACGGCAGCUUUCUCCAGAGUUGAGCUUUGAGUACCAUCCCUCAGUUCGGCCGUUUUGGAAUGUAGCACUUCCCACUGAGAAAUCGGCCCGUACACUUCAGCAUUUCAGACUGUGCCAUCACCGGGGAGAGAGACCACAUCGCUGCGAUGAUUAUUAGUUGAUUAGAUUGAUUAUAGCAGCUGGCACACACAUUUUAUUUCCUUGCGGGAAGCGCCUCAUCUGGAGGAGGCACCCUUCUGCCCCCCCCUCCGGAGUAGUUGUUGACCGAACUCCUGCCACUGGCCUCUGUCUACCCCUGCUGUGUGUGCCUAAGUGCUUUGGUUUGGCACAGCCUACUUGGUACUGAGAAUGAGCUCCGUAACCCCCCUUUAGUUGUAUUUUUCUUUACUGAUUUGGGGGUUCUGGAUGUUAACUUAAUUAUUUUUGUUUAUUUUAUUUUAUUUUUCUUUUCAAAUGAACAUUACUGCUUUUUCUAUUUAAAAUAUUGAUGUUAAGAUAAUGUAUUGCAUUGUUUAAAUAAAUAAAAAUAUCAGGCUUGCCACA